AUGGCUCCACGACCAGAAAUUCCGGGAUAUUACUUCGAUACUACGCGCAAUAAAUACUUCAAAAUCCAGCCGAACCACAUUGCACCACCCGGUACAGCUCACAGCAGAGCUGCUGUCCUGGCUGAGAUCGAGAGAGACAGGCUCGAACGUGCCACGCUACAUCGACGAGAACGAGAGCGAAGCAGCUUUAUUCGCAGACUGAAUCCUGGUUGCUACGACAAUUUGAGUCUGACUCUUCGAUAUGGUGCAUCACCGCGGCAGAAUGUUCAUUCAAUGACUCGUCUGUAUGCUUCGAAUCUACACGAUCGGCAGAUUGACUUUCAGAGUCGCCCUCUGUCCCUCACGGUCUCGGCAGAAGGCACGCUAUACCUCACAGCGACAGCAUCGUUUGGAGUGAACAUACGUGAGGUAGGUUCUGGUGAUAGGACACAGAAUAACGCGACUAUUCUGCCCGUACCUGAUAGGACAGGCACAGUCAUUCGCGAUGGUACAUACCUUACGUUUAGCAGGUCCAAUCUCGAGUACGCCCACUUCGGCAGUCAUGCUGCAAUGCAGUUAGGUCUUGACACCACCAUAUGGGACGCUGCCCUACCUGGGUAUGGUAGCUGCGUUCUUGCAACUGAAGAUGGUCUUGCAUACAGUCCGGACCUUGCCGCCGCGCCCUUACAGCCCCUAGUAAGGAAGGAGCAAAUGACUCUCUCGAUGAAAGACACAAAUGUUGUUAUGUCUGGCGAACGUCGAGGUAUAGUCAAUUUCACCGAUCUCCGCUCCAGGGGGACCGUUCCUCGACUCAAACAUACUUCGGCUAUAACUGGUAUUGCGGUCACCAGGCGGCCUGAGCAGGUCAUCGUUAGUGGGUUGUCCUCAGUCGCUCUUUACGAUCUGCGCUAUCUCAAAGAACCAGCACAGCCUAAAACCACUACUUACCCUAAGGAGAAGCGCAAGCGUGGUUUGCCGACCUUGGUGCAGGAAACGCGACCUCUAGUACCUUUCUGCUUUCCUCCGGAACGUCAAGCAGAAUCGUACGGGUCACUGACUUCUCUUACCUACAUCCACAGUCACAACAUUGCUGCAGUGGCAUCACGAUUGUCGAACACUCCUUUCAAGAACGAUAUCAUAACAUUAUUUGACGUCUCCAAGGGGUCCAUACUGCCCUCGCCGUUGACAUCUUGUGCAGACCUCGGUCACGUUGUCGGUGUCGUCGCUGGUCAUUUUGGUGAUGGACUGGAAUCUCUUGUUACCGCAACGUGGUCAGGUCAGAUCCGUGAAUGGGCUGUCGACAGCGAGGAGACUGAAGAGUGA